GGCCUCCACCACCAGGUGCAUGUAUUUCUGCAUUUAACUAGUCAAACUUUUACUAACCGUCUGCUGUGUGCACAGUUCUGGCUUUGAGGAUGAGGCCCUGUCCCUGACUUCAAGGAGCUCACAAUCUAGCUUGGGGGAUACGGGAGCCACGUGUGCCCAGCCUGGGCGCUGCCCCAGCUGAUGCCCCAGAGGGGCCACCCAUCUGAAAAGGGGCUCUGGUCCCUGCCUGGCCUCCUCAUGGCACAUGAGCCACAGCCUGAGGCUGAUGGGCUAUUGGAUCUCAGUUUCCUGACAGAGGAGGAGCAAGAGGCUAUUGCCAAGGUCCUGAAGCGAGAUGCUCACUUGCGCCAGUUGGAGGAGGGACGGGUCAGCAAGCUCCGGACAUCGCUGGCAGACCCUGGGCAGCUGAAGAUCCUUACAGGGGACUGGUUCCAGGAAGCACGCUUCCAGCGGCACCACCACGCCCACCUUGGCUCUGACCUUGUUCGUGCCUCCAUCCGCAGGAAGAAGGGCUCCAGGGGAGACCAGGCUCAGGGCAGCGAUGCGGAGGCUGAGGCUGCUGGGAAAGAGACCGAAGAGGCGCUGGAGCCCAGGCUCCCCAUGGACGAGGCCCCCCAAGAGAGGUUCAGCGAGGCUGAGGGACCUGAUUUCCCCUCACCAUAUGUCCCCCCAAAGGCUUCAGAUCAUGAGGAGGAGCCCCAGGCCCAAGAAGCCCCUGGCCCCGGGGGCGUUCAGGUCUUCGCUGCUGAGGAGGCUGACCCCGAGCUGGAGCCUCCGUCGAGGGGAGAGGAGGAGCCGCAGCCCCCGCCUGCCCAGACCCAGGAGGCGUCCGAGAUCCUGGAGAAUGGGGAGGAGGCCCCGGGGCCCGACCUGUCACUCGACCGCGUGCUCAGCAGCAGCUCCUCCAUGUCCAGCCUCAACUCCUCCACGCUGAGCAGCAGCCAAAUGAGCCUGUCCGGGGAGGCGGAGGCGGGCGCGGUGCAGGUCCGCGGCUCCCUGCACUUCGCGCUGCGCUACGAGCCGGGUGCCGCCGAGCUGCGCGUGCACGUGAUCCAGUGCCAGGGCCUGGCCGCCGCCCGGCGCCGCCGCUCCGACCCCUACGUCAAAAGCAAACUCCUCCCGGAUAAGCAGAGCAAGCGCAAGACCUCAGUGAAGAAACGGAAUCUGAACCCGGUCUUCAACGAGACUCUCUGGUACUCCGUCCCGCAGGCCGAGCUCCGGGGCCGCGUGCUGAGCCUGUCCGUGUGGCACCGCGAAAGCCUGGGUCGCAACAUCUUUCUGGGCGAAGUCGAAGUGCCCCUGGACACGUGGGACUGGGACUCCGAGCCCACCUGGCUCCCCCUGCAGCCCCGGGUCCCGCCCUCUCCCGACGACCUUCCCAGCCGCGGACUGCUCUCUCUGUCCCUCAAGUACGUGCCCGCUGGCUCUGAGGGCGCAGGACUGCCCCCGAGCGGGGAGCUGCACUUCUGGGUGAAGGAAGCUCAGGACCUCGUGCCUCUGCGCCCAGGAUCCCUGGAUACCUACAUACAAUGUUUGGUGCUGCCUGAUGACAGCCGGGCCAGCCACCAACGGACAAGGGUGGUGCGACGCAGCCUCAGCCCCAUGUUCAAUCACACCAUGGUUUAUGAUGGCUUCGGCCCUGCUGACCUGCUCCAGGCCUGUGCUGAGCUCUCUCUCUGGGACCAUGGGCCCCUGGCCAGUCGCCAGCUGGGGGGCACACGCCUCAGCCUGGGCACCGGCAGCAGCUAUGGGCUCCAGGUGCCCUGGAUGGACUCCACACCUGAGGAGAGGCAGCUGUGGCAGACCCUCCUGGAGCGGCCAUGUGUGUGGGUGGAUGGCCUUCUGCCCCUCAGAACCAACCUGGCCCCCAGGACAUAGCUGCCCUACAAGCCCUACAAAACCCCUCUUUCUGGACCCCCAUCUCAGGGCCUGCCCUUGGCUAAAGUCAAUAAAGUCUAUUCUGAGGGCAACAA